AAAUUUCACAAAAAAAAAAAAAAACCCAAUAAAUACAUAAACCAGAGUUUCCUACUAAGACUGGAAAUAUAUUUUUGGCAUUAAUAUUUAUUUCAAAAAUAAAAAAAGAACUUAUUUUUGUGGCCAAGAAAAUUCGGUGAGGGAAUGCGAAUCUCAGAAUGGAUUACCGCUACAGCCCCUUGAAGAGAAAGAAAGUAUCUUUAAGUUUUGGGUACCUUCCCUUUUCAUUGUUUGGAAAUAAGGGCAGUGCACAAACCAAUUAUAGAUUGAAUUUUUUCAAAGUUUUUUUGUGGAGUAGAAGCAAAAUCCCACUUCUAAUUUGUAUCCAUUAUAAGAUUACAAGUUAAAGAUAUUUUCUUUUCCAUUUUUACUUCCUUCAACCUUCAAUUCCUCAACUGGUGUAAACUAUGAUGUUUGAGCUGGUUCAUUUGGCACUGCACUGCGGAGGCAAUUGCUGCUAAUGAUUUAGGAGAUAUCAAGAUGGAUGGUUCAAACAUGCCAUUGAAAAAAGAGGAUUGCCCUAUGUUGGCUUCACCUGUCACAUAUGAUCGAAUGAAAGGUCCGUUGUCGGUUACGUCAGAUGAUAAUCAUACAGGCGCAAUGGAAAGCAGUAGUUCAAAGCAAGGUGGGUUAAAAUUUUCAGGAUUAGAGCCGCCUUGUGUCAGCUCUCAGCCAAGUGAACAAACAAACCAUGUUGUAACGAAUUCUAAAACUGAAAAUUACAAGGACCAUGUGUUAGAUUUAGCCAGAUUUCCAAGAAGCAAAGAUUUAAUUUUAAGGAAGGGACAGUGGCCACACUUGUAUCAGAUGGUUGGUGGCCCUAAGCUUUCAGAUUCUCCAGGAGAUCCACUCUCAAGAGCUCAGGAUAAGCUCAUGGUUAGCAUGCGGGAGCAUUCCAGAAAAGGCGAUGCUGAUGCUUGGAAUCUGAGGCACGUGAAGGCCAAACAUGUUGAUGAGACAGGAAAAGUAUGCAUUGAUACGAUGCAUGGGAAGGAUCUCAAUUCCGAUACGGCAUUGCUUCCUCAGGAUGCGAGGUCGAGAAUAUUAUCCACAUCAAGCUUCUCUCACUUUUUUGGGAAGAAAACCACAAAGGGUAAAGGGAUCAUCAAUGGCCAGCCAGGAGUCAAAACUGAUCUUGACAACUGCGGUAACGUGGAGAGUAAUGGAAAGUUGGCUACCACUGCAGGAAUGACUUCUUAUGUCCAAAUGCAACGUUUGCAAUGUUCCAACAGUGGGAUUGUAAGCAACGCUGGAGUUUCCUUGAGAGAAUGGCUUAAGUCGGGGCCUUCAGAGAAGAACAAGGUUCAAAGCCUUAGCCUUUUCAGGCAAAUUGCUGAGCUUGUAAGUUUGGCACAUUCUCAAGGUGUUGUUCUGCAACAAUUGUGGCCUUCAUAUUUUGUUAUUUUACCGUCAAAUAAGGUCAAGUAUAUUGGAUCUUCAACCCAAAUAGACUCGCAUGUUUCCAAGUCUUUGGUUGGAUGCAAGAAAAGGCCUCCAGAAGAAAACAUCAAUGCUUUCUGUAUACCUGGUGUAAAGCACCAAAAACUCCUGCCAGACAUGGAAAUGCAGAAUCAUCAAUCCCCAACCUCCUUGGUGAAUGGGUUUAAGACCCCCAAAGUUUGUAAAACCAGGUAUGACGAAGUUAGCUCUUCUGGCUCUCAAAAUCCUGAUAACAAGGCUUUAGCCAUGGUACGGCAUCAGGUUAAUAGAUCGGAGAACUCUCCUCCGACAGAUCUUCAGCUGGAGGAGAAGUGGUAUUCUUGUCCAGAAGAGAUUGAUGGGAAGGCUUACAAUUUUUCAUCUAAUAUAUAUUGUCUUGGAGUUAUCCUUUUUGAGUUGCUUUGCCCUUUCGAUUCAAUGGAAGCUCAUUCCGCUGCAAUGUUUGACCUGCACUACCGGAUUUUGCCUCCAUUCUUUCUGUCUGAAAAUGCAAAAGAAGCUGGAUUUUGCUUGUGGCUUAUACAUCCUAAUCCAUCAUCGCGUCCAACAAUUAGUGAAAUUCUUCUUUCUGACCUUAUAUCUGGAUCCCAAGAGCUGAACUUUAAUGAUGAAUUGAUAAUGGCAACCGAUAAUGUUGAUAUGGCCGAAUCUGAGCUUCUACUGGAUUUUCUAGUUUCCUUGAAAGAGAAGGAGGAGGACAGAGCAGUGAAGUUAGUUGAAGAUAUUAGAUGCAUAGAAGCUGAUAUAAAAGGGCUGCAAGGAAAGUUUUCUUAUAAAGUAUCCCCUCGUCUUGCAAACAGGGAUCACAGUCUUCAAGACUUCAUUAAAUCAAUUGCUAGAUCGGGUAGGAAUGAAGAUAGGUUAAGAAAUGAUUUGAAACAGCUUGAAAAGGCUUACUUUUCAGUGCGAAGUCAAACUACUCUAACAACCGGCACUAGUCGAGCAGAUAAAAGUUUUCUUAAGAAGAGGGAAACUUCUUCACUGGUGCAAAAUGAGAAGGAGAUGACGAGCAUGGAUCGUAAAUCUGCGACUGGGUUAGAUGUAUUUUUCGAAGGUCUCUGUAAGUUUACUUGCUAUAAUAAAUUUGAGUUGCGUGGAACAUUAAGAAAUAGUGAUCUUCUGAACUCUGCUAAUGUUAUUUUCUCCCUGAGCUUUGAUCGUGAUGAAGAAUACAUUGCUGUUGCUGGAGCUUCCAAAAGGAUUAAGAUAUUUGAGUAUUCUGCUCUUGUAAAUGAUACUAUAGAUAUUCACUAUCCUGUGAUUGAGAUGGUAAACAAAUCCAAGCUCAGCUGCAUUUCAUGGAACAGCUACAUCAGAAACUAUUUGGCUUCUACUGAUUAUGAUGGUGUCGUUCAGGUAUGGGAUGCAAGCACGGGCGUGGGGUAUUCUCAGUACACAGAACAUCAGAAAAGGGCUUGGUCAAUUGACUUUUCUCGAGUUGACCCAACCAGGUUCGCUAGUGGAAGUGAUGAUUGCUCUGUGAAACUCUGGUGCACUAAUGAUAAACAAUCAACAUGCACCAUCUGGAGUCCUGCCAAUGUCUGCUGUGUACAGUUUUCCCCCUACUCUUCUCAUCUUUUAGUGUUUGGUUCUGCUGAUCACAAGAUUUAUGGGUAUGAUCUGCGGCACAUGAGAAUCCCUUGGUGUACAUUGGCUGGUCAUGAGAAGACUGUUAGCUAUGUCAAAUUUUUGGAUUCCGAAAUGCUUGUUUCUGCUUCAACUGAUAACACAUUAAAGCUUUGGGAUCUUAGCAAAACAAGCUUAUCUGGGAUGUCCUCAGAUGCUUGUCAUUUGACCUUCAGUGGUCAUACUAACAAAAAGCAUUUUGUAGGUUUGUCUGUUUUGGAUGGAUACAUUGCAUGUGGUUCAGAAACUAAUGAGGUUUAUACGUACUACAGAUCCCUGCCAAUGCCCAUCGCCUCUUACAAACUGAGUUCUAUCCAUCCUAUUUCUCAGCUUGAUGUCAGGGAGGAUGGACUUUUUGUAUCGAGUGUCUGUUGGAGAAGAAAAUCAAACACUGUUCUUGCGGCUAAUUCUAGUGGAAGUGUAAGAUUAUUGCAGCUGGUAUGAAAACUUGUUUAGAAUGUCCGGUUCUCGCCAGCGGUGCCAAUCGCUAAAGUUUAUUUCCUGAAACCCUUAUACUGUCGACACCUAGUCGUCUCUUUUGCUGUCAGUGUAGAAAGUUCUGUGGACUCAACAUUCAGCUAUUAGAUUUGCGGUAUUCUCUUAUCGAUAUUCAGCAAGAUCAAUGUCUCUUACAUUGAUUUUUGACGUUUUGAUCUUGAAACUACGUGUUAGGGGCCGCCGUGUUCCUAAAGUGACUUCCUCUUGUUCAUCGUUGUCUGGUAUGGGGUGAGAGUAGGGUGGAGCAGAUGUUAAGUGGACCUAUUGGGAGAGGCGGAGAACGCAACACAGCAAAUUAGUGAUGUGUAUUGGUCAGGUGUUGGCAUUGCUGUUUUUUCUGGCAUUCGUGUAAUGUUAGAAGUCCGGAAAAGAUCGUUUGGUGCUAUAAAGAAGCUUUACUGCUCGUUUCUCAAAGUAUACUUGCUCGCUCUGCUGCAUAGGAACCAAACUCUUCGUUUCCGUAUUAGACGGGGGAGGAUAAUCUGUCGUCGUAUGUUCAUCUCCAGAGAUAGAAACUGCUUCACUUCCAGAUUCUGAGGAAAUGGCUCAUUGCUCGUCCAAGAAGGAAACUUUUUUAGCAAUCCCGACUCGAUAUCAUUGUAAUCGAUAGCAAGACCAGGGAUGUCUGGGUGGCUGUACUCCGGGUUCAUCACAAGAUACCUUUUUAUAUGCCGAAGUAUCCUGCAAAUGGACGAGAAACUCGGCCGUUGAUCCGGGUCAGAAUGCCAACAUCUCCUGGUUAAAUUUGUCACAUAUUUUGGGCAGUGAUACGGGAAAAGUGGCCGUUCCCCUGCCCGAAUGUUUCGGCUCAUCUUGUCUCCGUGAAGAUGUGUGUCCUCGAAAGGAAUCUUUCACGUCAGAAGUUCAAAGCAGAUCAUCCUGAAGCCGUACACAUCUGAUUUGUCCCUGUACUUAACAUCUGUUGCUUCGCCUUUCGACUCUUCCUGCUCCAUUAAUACUUCUGGUGCAUGCCAAAUAUAGGACUGUUCCUCACCGUGAUUUGAAUUCUUUUGAGGGGGGCAUACGACCAAUGGUAGACCAAAUCUCGUGAUCUUUACAUGUACAAAAUUCUCCGAGGAAGAGUUGUUUCUUGCUUUGGAAAGAA